AGCUUUAUCUUCGCUUGGGGUGAAGCUACGAUAACGUUAGACGAUGUCAUGGUUUGUGGAGGCUAUUCUGUCAUGGGGUCCUAUGUUUUCACACCUGUUAAAGACAAAGAAUCGAAGCUGAUGGAACAGAGAUUAGAUGAAGUGAGAAGAAAAUUGAUAAAGACAAAAGCCAAAAAGGCGACACAUGUUUCAUGGCUAAGGCAUUUCAUGGAGGAGGAGGAGGAGAGUGAGUUAGAACACGUGGCAUUUCUGUCGCUAUGGCUGUCAAGGUUUGUGUUUCCUCCUAUAAUUUCCAAACAAAACUUUUCCAUUGCAUUACAUCUAGCUAGAGGUACCCGAAUUGCUCUAGCACCUGUAGUUCUAGCGAGUAUCUAUAGAGAUUUGACAUUAUUGAAAGGAAAAUUUGACGAGGCUAUAAAGUCUGAAGCAUACAAGAGAGAUCAUGAAUGUGGUUUAUCCGCUAAAUCAAUAAUCUUAAGAGCCCCUUUUCAAUUGGUUCAAAUCUGGGCUUUUGAGAGAUUCCCAGCGUUUCAUCUAAAGUCUAACAUAAUUGAGUAUGCCCAACCUUUGACAGCAAAAUGGCACAAAGUGAAAUUGCUGAACUGUGGAGAUGUGAGUUUAGCUCUAGACUCUUCUGCAAAAAGCUUUCUUUGGCAGCCAUAUAAAGAUUCUCCAAAGCUAUACAAUGAAAAGGAUGGUUGGGUAUGCUUCAAUAAUUCAGAUUCUCAAGAGGAUUUAGAGUCUUUUGCUCGCUGCCUCAGGCAUUCUCAGUUGGUGGGUAUAGACUGUAUGGAGCUGUACCUUCCACACCGUGUGGCCAUGCAAUUUGGGUUGGAUCAGGACAUUCCAGAGAAGGUGGCUCAUUGCGAGGAGAACAAUCCUGAGAUUGCUUGGAGAAACUAUGAUAGCCCAAUGACAGAGGCAAUGUUGUGUAUUUCUGCUGUUGCAGCAUCAUCUACCUUGGAGCCAAGUGUUACUUAUAAGUACUUGGAAUGGUGGAAGCAAUCAAAACUUGGAUCUAGCGAGCAACAUGGUUUGAUCUCUAAGCCUAUAAAGUUCUCAGAAAAACUGUCACAAACUUCACCUGAGAUGGGAUCUCCUCUUCAUAGAGGUCAAACAGGGAAUAAUUCUGAUCAAGAUCAAGGUUCAGCAAUUGCAAAACUGCAGAAGAGAUCUCAUCCUCAAGAAACUGAUCACAUUUCAAUUGUGGAUGGAGCUGAAAAUGUGACAACUGGUGAGAAUAUGAAUGUGGUUGGGCAAUCAAAAAGAGGAAAGGUAGAUGCAAAAAUGGAGAAUGUGAUUGACAAUUCUGGAAGAGCCAAAGAAGGUAAAUUUGGAGAGAAUGGUAAUAUAUAUUUGUCUGAUCUUGAAACUCGGAUUGAGUACCUUGAAAGAGUGGUUGCUCAGCUUAAAACAGCAAUAGUUGGACCCAAAUAUGGGGUUGUUAGAGCCAAAACUAGUUUGUCAUAGCAAUGGUGAUUUUGC